GAUGCACGUAACAUCAUCCAGUGGUCCAUUGGCUGUACACAAUGUCAUUGCUGUUCUAACGCUCGUCCGGUAUCAUUGGAACGAGAAAGUGAUGCGAGUCGCGUCGAUUACACGUCGCGUCGGUUCUGCUCGGUUGGCGCAGCGUCGCGCUGAUUCGAAAGAGCCGCGUUCAAAGAUUAUGAUAUCCGCGCGAGAUCGAACGUGUUAGGAAUCGUACAUCUUCAGGGACCCUGAAGAGAACCGAUCGCAAUUUUAUGCAAUAUACAGGAUGUCAAUUGGACUGGAAUAACUCUACACGGUGUUUGCUCAAUAUGAUACUUCAAGCAGUCAUCUUGAUCCUCUCGGCAAGAACAUGCUACAGUAAUCCUGAUGCAAAGAGGCUGUACGACGACUUGUUAUCGAAUUACAACCGACUGAUUCGGCCAGUCUCUAAUAAUACCGACACCGUGGUCGUCAAGCUAGGACUUCGUCUUUCUCAGCUGAUAGAUCUCAAUUUGAAGGAUCAAAUCCUUACGACGAAUGUCUGGCUGGAACACGAAUGGCAGGAUCACAAGUUUCAAUGGGAUCCAGCUGAAUACGGCGGAGUCACCGAACUCUAUGUACCUAGCGAGCACAUAUGGCUUCCGGACAUUGUCCUCUACAACAAUGCGGACGGAGAGUAUGGGGUGACUACGAUGACAAAAGCUAUCCUGCAUUACACUGGCAAAGUCCUCUGGACACCUCCAGCGAUUUUCAAGUCUUCCUGCGAAAUAGACGUCCGCUACUUUCCAUUCGAUCAACAAACUUGCUUCAUGAAGUUCGGUUCGUGGACUUACGAUGGUUUCCAGAUCGACUUGAAGCACAUUAAUCAGAACAUGGGAGACAAAGUGGAAGUGGGCAUCGAUCUUCGCGAAUACUACCCUAGUGUAGAAUGGGACAUCUUAGGGGUUCCAGCGGAACGACACAAGAAAUAUUAUCCCUGCUGCCACGAACCGUAUCCGGACAUCUUUUUCAACAUCACGUUACGUAGAAAAACAUUAUUCUAUACGGUGAAUCUGAUCGUGCCCUGCGUGAGCAUUUCCUACCUGUCGGUGUUGGCUUUUUAUCUGCCAGCCGACUCGGGAGAGAAAAUUGCUUUGUGUAUCAACAUUUUACUGUCCCAAACCAUGUUUUUCCUCCUAAUAUCCGAGAUUAUACCAUCUACGUCGUUGGCGCUGCCGUUGUUGGGCAAGUACUUGCUGUUCACGAUGAUUCUAGUAGGUUUAUCGGUAGUGAUAACCAUCGUUAUACUGAACGUACACUAUCGUAAGCCAAGCACUCAUAAGAUGGCACCGUGGGUCAGAAAGAUAUUCAUCAGAAGAUUACCAAAGUUGCUGUUCAUGAGAGUACCUGACGAUCUAUUGAACGACCUCGCUGCACACAAAAUCUAUGGAAGAGGAGGAUCCAGUAAGAAGAGCAAAUUCAACGCCGCAGUUGCUGCCGCGGUGCAAUCUUCUUCCAUAGUGUCCUCUCCGGAUUCUGCUCGGCAUCAGCGAAUCGGUGGUUGCAACGGAUUGCACACAACGACGGCGCAUCACAGAUUCCUGGGAGGUAUCGGUGGAUACAACGGACUUCCUACAGUGAUGUCUGGCCUGGAUGAAUCUCUGAGCGACGUAACACCCAAGAAGAAGUAUCCUUUCGAACUUGAGAAGGCUUUACACAACGUGAUGUUUAUUCAGCAUCACAUACAACGACAGGACGAAUUUAACGCGGAAGAUCAAGAUUGGGGUUUCGUCGCCAUGGUACUGGAUCGUCUUUUUCUUUGGAUCUUUUCGAUCGCCUCCAUCGUGGGCACGAUUAUCAUCCUCAGCGAAGCUCCGGCACUUUACGACGACACGAAACCGAUCGACAUGGAGUAUUCGUCCGUGGCUCAACAACAAUUUCUUCCUCACGAUGACUUGUUAGAAACUCUUGUGUAGAAUCGUCGAGACGAAUCGUGAAAGAGUAGAGAAACUGAGGUGUUGAUUUUCCAUACUUCAAGUUUGUCACAGUGCCAACGCGUUGCGUCGAACGAAUUGUUUAUUUUUCUUUUUCUACCGAUCGCUGAAUAGAAUUUACCACGUUCGUUUGAAUAGAUCAACGCCUCUGGCUUCUUCUUGCCAUUUUAUCACGAGAUAUACAAUUGUCGAUAGCAUUUCGUAUUUAAAAAUGUACAUUUCAUUUGUAUUUGUCGUUAUACUGUAUGCACACGACGAACAAGUGCUCUUGAAUAACAAUAAAUGUUAUUGUCAUACAGCUAAGAGGACAGAACAUCGCAAUAUUACUCUUAGAGAUUUUGUAACAUUGUUACGUAGAAUGUUUACGAAUGAUCGUCAACAUCUAAUCGUAUAUAUCGACGAACCGUUUUAUGCUCGAGUUAUCAUCUCAAAGAAUGACCGAAAAUAUUGUUAACGUAGUAUACGUAAUUUUUCAACUAUUAAAGCAUAAUCGAUCUUUUUCAUUACACUCGAGACAUGUACUCGAAAUUGUUCGAUACCUUCUAUGCUUAUCAAAGUGAAAUAAACUGCCAGUUUAU